AACAAAUUAACAAUACCUACCAAGCCAUAUAUCCAACUUCAAAAGAAAAACAUCAACCUACAAAAUCAAAACCAAAGAAAAACAAAAUGGUGAGUGGGCAAGUUUUCCAUGAGUUGGAAGUGAAAGCAGCUGCAAACAAAGUUUGGGAGAUCUAUGGAAAUGCCCAAGAGCUGGGGAAACUUGUUGUGAACAACCUCAAAGGUUCAAUCCAGAAGAUUGAAGUUGUCGAAGGCGAUGGUGGUGUUGGCACUCUUAUCGAGUUCCAUUUUGCCCCGGAUGGUGAGUUUAAGUUCAAGAGUCACAAAGAAAAGUACACAAAGGUAGAUAAUGAGAAGAGGGUGAAGGAAGUAGAGGUUAUUGAAGGAGGAUACUUGGAGUUGGGGUUCACACUUUACAGAGUUAGAUUUGAGAUAAUUGAGAAAGAUGAAGGUUGCUCCAUUAUCAAGUCCACCAUUGAAUAUGACCUUAAGGAUGACUCUGUUCACAAUCUCCCUGCAGUCACUCUUGACCCUCUUGCUGCUAUAGCUCUUGCUGUUCAAAACCAAGUCACCAAAAAUUAAUAAUAUAUACUUAAAUAUCAUAUCAUAUUAAUAAAUAAAUUAUAUGAAUAACCAUUAUAUAGUUAUAUGGUGUUCUGAUCAAUUGUACUCUCAUACAACUAAAUUUCCUUUUUCAUUUUAUUGAGGGAUGCAAAGUUUAUCAUAAUUUUUUUAUGGUUUUGUAAUGUGUGGAAGGAGUUGUUUUCUCUCUAUGUUUUUAUGAAUAAAUAGAAUUUGUUCCCCCAAAUUAUAACUA